CCAAUGAUGUCUGUGUCAUCAGCGUAUGCCAGGAUCAGGAUUGACUUAUAGAAGAUGUUCCCCAAGGUUUUCGCCUCCGAAUCACGGAAGAAGAUCUUCUUCCAUCCACCUUCACCUGGCAUGUGAUGUUGGUCGUUGCCAUCUUUACAAGCCUCUCCGCCAUCUUCUCCAAGACGUGCCUCAUCUUGCAGAUCUGGUCAGGGGUUGAUUUUCCGUUCCCUUGGUAUCUAGCGAUGAAUUAAUAUCAUGUUUAAAUUGAAUCGUUUUAUCAACCGCCGUUUUUGUGGAUGAUAAUUUAUUUUACCACCACUUUCACUAUCAACUGACGUUUGACAGUACCGCUCGUUUAAAUGUAUCGACAGAGAAAGCGAGGCCGGUUGCUAAGCAACGGACCUUUCGCAACAAAUACAAUCUGCAAGGCAAGCUAGCUGGUCGAGCUAGGCAAUUUUUGUAGUUCAGUACAAACAGGAUAAGUUAAACAAAAAAUGCUUCGCAGCGGAAACACAACCACACUGCUGUGCGACGAACAAACCAAAUUCAUACUCGACCGGAUCAACACGGUGGAGAAACAUUUCGGCGUGCUGUGCGGUGCGUUGGCCGAGUACACGCGCAAAAUUGCUCGCUUGCGGGACAAAACGGACGAGCUAGCGCACACCACCCAGGACUACUGCGAUGCAGAAAAGCUAAAUCCCACCCUUGGCGGUGCACUGUCCAGCAUGGCCAAGGCGGUAACGCUGAUGGGCGAUUUUCACGACGCACGGGUGAAGCGGUUGGAGACGAAAAUUGUCGCAGAGCUGUCGCAGUACGAAGCCGUAUGCAAGCACUGCAAGGAGGACGUGAAGGAAGCGCUGCUGGUGCGGGACAAGGAUUUGGCCAGGCGGAAGCAGCUGGAACAGAGCAAAAGCCGUAACGGGCGACUGAAGCGGAACACGAACGAUACCGAGCUGAUCAAGUCGAACCUGGAGGUGGAAAAGGCGCUGAAAGAGAUCGAACAUCAGGUCGAAAGGUUCGAGAAGCAGAAGCUGCACGAUUUGAAGGAACUGUUGCAGAGCUUUGUGUUGAUCGAGCUGAAGAUGCACACGCAGGCGGUCGAGGUACUGUCCGCGACGUACCAGGACAUUAGCGAUAUAGACGAAGCGAAAGAUUUGCAGAGUGUACACAAGGAGUUAAAGAGACAAAAUCGGCAAUUUAAAAAAAUCCUCCAGCAAGACACCGUUCCCGACCGUUACUUCCUACAGCGCAUCAAGAGCCAAUCGAUGGGUGCCCUCAACGCAACGCUGGCCGGAUUUACUGCGGGUCGUAAAAAUAAAAGCCUAAGCUCGAACUCGCUCAACUCAUCCCAGGAGCAGGACAUCGAUGGCACGGAUACGGUCGAGCAGCAGCACACGCAACCACGCAAGCUAGCACCCGCUUCCAGACGUUCCAACCAAACCUCAGUACAAUCGGUUGCAUCAUUGGAUUCUUUAAAGCGUGAUUUGUCGUCAGCUUCGAGCACCUCGUCCGAAGCAGACGAUAGCGAGGAAAGCGAAACGCUAACGGACGACCAUUCGGACACGCUGGUAAGGCCGGCGCAGGCGGGCGUCUUGAGCGAGCAGAAGAAAAAGAGUCAGGUGGAUUCCACGUUUAAAAUUAUCAAACUUAAAGACUAUAAUCCGUAGGGUGGGAUGAACUGGGGCGUAGCUAACCAUUGACCGGCGUGUGUUGUGCGAUUCGUUACAGUGGUCGGGCUGGAAGCAUCGAAUCAAAAGCGGCACGAUCAGUAAGCAUGUUAGCUAUCGAGCGAAGUUACAGCACCGUUUCCUAGCGACCAAUUCUGUUGAAUCGAAUCGAAGUGUAUUAGGGUCAGUAAGCAUUACUAGCAUUUGCUCCUGGCUACAAUCGGUAGGCGGUGGAAUGGUACGGUUACUAUGGUUCGGCGGGUUAGUUAACAGUUCCAUUGUUACUACUGCAUACGUACCAUUUCAACACUGAGCAAUAUACUGAACAAUAUAA